AUGCAUGCUGCUAUCCCCUUCUUUGUGUUGUCUCUGUCUGGCAUCAUCCAGAAUGGAUGUUCAGCAGAGAGUGGUAUCAUGGGCUUUGGCCUGUCCUUGUACCAGGACCUCUGCUGCCAGACUUGUCACGACUCUCUCUCCGCCCUUUAUCUGAAUUGCACUACAUUCCCCGAAGACGAUAACAUGGACAUGGAUAUGUCAAUGGAUAUGGGUAUGGAUAUGUCCAUGGACACGAUGCCGAUGACGAGCGAGGAGUGCUAUGCUACCAAUAUCCCUUGGCUCCAGACGAUGGCAUACUGCAUCCAACAGAACUGCAAUGCCGACGGGUACAGCGCCGACAAACAGGCCAAAUGCUUCAGCACUCAAGCAGUUGCGGGUGCGUCAGAGCCGACUUUCCAGGACAGUUUGCCUGCCAAGGCUCCGACGGUCGAGCUCUCAGAGGAUGCAAUGUGGCUCAAUACCACUAGCUUGGUCAAUGGGAACACCUACAGCGCCAUACAUGGCACCCUGAAGGAAUUCACAAGACAGGAAUAUAUGCACACGAGAUAUUCGGUGAUACUCCUAUUCAUAGUCCUUGGCAUCUGCAUAGGCGGAGGCAUUCUGGCGCAGACCACGAGCGCAUCCCUCGGAUUUCAAACAAAGCUACAUGCCUCCACUCUCUGGAGCAAGUUUCAGCAGCACAUCUUCUUGCCGGCUUUAUUCGGGUCUCGGCGCCUCGAACCUCUCCCGGGGAAUGUGGGCUACGUGCCAAGCCGGACGCUCACCAUAUUUAUCACCAUCUUCGUGAUUCUGAAUAUAAUCCUCUCGUCCGUUUCUUACCGCACCUCUCAGCCAAAUACCUGGUUCAAAUCUGGUCAAUUCGAACUAUGCGAGUACGUCGGGAAUCGCACGGGCACUCUGAGCUUGGUCAAUAUGUGUAUUUCCAUCUUGUUCGCGGGCCGAAAUAAUCUCUUGAUUGCUUGGACCGGAUGGAACCAGACGGCUUUCUUAACUUUGCAUCGCUGGACGGCGAGGGUGGCUGCGCUGCAGGCGGUUGUCCAUUCGAUUGCAUAUACACUGGCAUAUUUCGAGCCGGGAUAUGGUGGAGCGGCGGAGUAUGCUGUUGAAGCAGCGAUGCCUUUCUAUUUUUGGGGGAUUAUCGGAACAAUAGCGCUUUGUCUCGCAGCAGGCUUUGCAAUCCUGCCCAUUCGCAUCAGAUCCUAUGAAUUCUUCCUCAUAACUCACAUCAUCUUCGUCAUUAUCGCCCUGGUUGGAUGCUGGUACCACCUUGUCCCCCACUUCGGAUAUGUCUUUGGCUAUCAAACAUGGCUUUACAUCGCCUUUGCCUUUUGGGGUGCCGACCGAUUCGCCAGACUUGCUCGCGUGGCCUACUACAAUCGCCUCAGUGGUUCAACGGCGAUCAUUGAAGCAAUCCCCGACUGCGAUAUCAUGCAAGUCACUGUUUUCCCACGUGCUGCUUGGGACUUUGGUCCCGGACAGCACAGCUUUAUUUACCUGGCUGGACUGGGUAAGUUCUGGGAAAGCCAUCCAUUCAGUAUUGCGGCUUGGAAGGGACAGUCAUCAACCACUAUAACUUCGACUUCGAACCUUCUUUCUUCUCCCAUCGCUCGUUCCGACACCGCCACCAGAGAAGAGGAGGCGAAAGAUCCAGGCGUUAUAUCAUUGGGUUCGAAACCGAACUCGACGACAACGCUUCCGGAAACCCACGCAGAGGGCAAAGCAUAUAUUCGAUUCCUCAUCCGUGUACAUUCCGGUAUGACUUCCACGCUGCAGCGCCGCCUAUUAUCCUCGCCUUCUCGCGCUAGCCUGGAAACAUCUGUCUAUACCGAGGGGCCCUAUGCAGGCCACAAAGCAACCCUCCAGCCACUCUUUAUCGCCGACACUGUUCUCUGUAUUGUUGGCGGCAUUGGUAUCACGAACAUCCUUGGAUUCGUCCAAGAAUACUCAAGCGCGAACCGUCGCGGAGGUGAAACGUCGAAAAAUGGUCAGAGGAUCAUGAAGAAGGCCAAGCGGUUUAUACUCGCCUGGUCCGCGAGAGAAAAAGCUCUCAUCAAACACGUGAAGCAGAACUUCCUUCUCCCGAAAGAUGAGGUUGACGGGAUCGAGUAUUCGUUCUGGUGCACGGCUGAGCCAAAGGUGGACGAUGUACAUGAGGAGAGCCAGAAAGACGAUAGUGCAGCUCAGCUAACGUCGGCUAUAAUAGCAGGGAGAAUGGAUAUCAGGACAGUGAUGAGAUCCCAUGUGGAAACGGGUCAACAGACGACGGUGAUGGUGUGUGGUCCUGGUAAUAUGGCGGAUGAAGCCACGAGGCAGAUUAUCGAUUGCGUGAAGGACGGAUUUAAGGUGAAUUUACUUGAAGAGUCCUAUACCUGGUAGUUUCUGUCGUUUGUAACACCGAGUUUUGUUACUUUAGCUGGCGCGGGUUGUCAACGGGACUCAUUUUGUAGGGAGCAACAUUUUCCAAUUGAGGAGGG